AUGUUUUGCCAGAGCCUUUUGAUCUGCCCUCUCUUGAUCAUCGAGCGGUAUCAAGGCGUGGUGUUCGUCAAGCCACCGAUGAUGCAUCACAAAGUAAACCUGCGAGAGAUGUGGAUUCAGCGUGUCACCGAAAGGUGUAUUAUCAAAAUAAAUGGCAAUGAUAAGCGGAUUGGCAUCCUACGAGACCGCAGUGUGACCUGGCUAUGGGAUGCUUUCACGACAGUAAAUAAAUCUGACAUAGUCAAAAAGGCAUUUGAAAUGUGCCAUGUUCACACAUUUAAUUUAUCAUACGAGAGAUUUUGGGAUGAACUCAUGUGUCAUGCACACCAAGAGACGAAGGACAGCACCCCGACUGAAAACGAGAAUGAUACUGAAAUCUUAGGCGAGGCUGCGGAGACCGACAGUACUGACCCAUCCGAUGACACCAACGUGCCAUAUGGUGCGUCUGUCAUUGCCGAUAUGCUGGGCAAUGUUUCGAGUGUUCAAGGAGUCGAAAAAUUGAAUGGGAGACUGAUAUCGAAGGCUGACGCGGAGAGCAUGGAGUUUGUGGUGGAUAUUGGGGCCGUCAAGGACGCUGAUUGCGAGCCAGAUACCCAAGUGGCGUUAGGGCGAGGGAAAAGGAAGAAAAAAGAAAAUACCUUGUACUCACACUGA